GGGAGCGCCCCGCCCUCACGCGCACGCGCCUUGCGGGCGCACGCGAGCCGGCUGUCCGAGGCGUGAGUUGGGCGGGGCGCCGCGCUGACGUUGCCCGGGAUGCGGGCAGGUUCCGCAGCCGUCUUCGCCACCUCGGUCUCUCCUGCCACUGGGGUUUGUAUGAAAACACCGGGCGGCGGGCGGCCAGGGACCCGCCGUGCGCCCCGGGAGCCGCGGGGCGGAGGCCGAGCGCAGCCCCCGCCAGCGCCCACGCCGAGCCGCCUUACCAAUAGUUCUCGGGUUGUGGGACUCCUGGCCCAGCUGGAGAAGAUCAAUACGGAUUCCACAGAGUCAGAUACUGUCAGAUAUGUUACAUCCAAAAUUCUUCAUUUGGCUCAAAGUCAAGAAAAAACAAGGAGGGAAAUGACAACCAAAGGUUCUACUGGCAUGGAAGUUCUGCUGUCAACAUUGGAGAACACGAAAGAUCUUCAAACUAUACUUAAUAUCUUAAGCAUUCUUGUCGAGCUGGUAUCUUCUGGUGGAGGUCGAAGAGCAAGUUUCUUAGUUGCCAAGGGUGGAUCACAAAUAUUGUUACAACUGCUUAUGAACGCCAGCAAAGAAUCUCCCCCACAUGAGGAACUAAUGGUGCAGACUCAUUCCAUUCUUGCUAAGAUUGGACCAAAAGAUAAAAAAUUUGGAGUGAAAGCUAGAGUUAACGGGGCACUGAAUGUAACUCUGAAUUUGGUCAAGCAGCACUUCCAGAACUAUCGCCUGGUUCUACCUUGUCUUCAGCUCUUGCGAGUGUAUUCUACCAACUCUGUGAACUCAGUAUCUUUAGGUAAAAAUGGAGUUGUGGAGCUGAUGUUUAAAAUCAUUGGGCCAUUCAGUAAGAAGAAUUCAAGUCUUAUGAAGGUUGCUUUAGACACUCUUGCUGCAUUGCUAAAAUCAAAAACAAAUGCCAAGAGAGCCGUAGACAGAGGAUAUGUUCAAGUACUUUUAACAAUUUAUGUAGAUUGGCACCGCCAUGAUAAUCGGCAUAGAAACAUGCUCAUUCGGAAAGGAAUUUUACAGAGCUUAAAAAGUGUCACAAACAUCAAGUUGGGAAGAAAAGCAUUCAUUGAUGCGAACGGGAUGAAAAUUCUGUAUAACACUUCACAAGAAUGCUUGGCGGUCAGGACUCUUGAUCCUCUUGUCAACACCUCUAGUCUGAUAAUGAGGAAGUGUUUCCCUAAAAACCGCUUGCCGCUCCCAACCAUUAAAAGUUCUUUCCACUUCCAGUUGCCAGUGAUCCCUAUAACUGGACCUGUGGCUCAGCUCUACAGCUUACCCCCUGAAGUGGAUGACGUGGUAGAUGAAAGUGACGACAAUGACGACGCUGAUUUAGAAGCUGAGAAUGAAGUAGAGAAUGAAGAUGACCUAGAUCAAAAUUUUAAGAAUGAUGAUAUUGAAACAGAUAUUAACAAAUUAAAACCACAGCAAGUACCAGGACGAACAAUAGAAGAACUAAAAAUGUAUGAACACCUCUUUCCUGAGCUUGUUGAUGAUUUUCAGGACUAUGAAUUAAUCUCUAAAGAACCCAAACCUUUUGUGUUUGAGGGGAAAGUUCGAGGCCCUAUUGUUGUUCCUACAGCUGGAGAGGAAGCAUCUGGGAAUUCAGGUAGUGUAAAGAAAGGAGCUGUAAUGAAGGAGAAAGUGUCUCCUAAGGGAGAAGAAGCCAAGGAAGAAGUCAAAGGCAGUGACAGGAUACUGCCACAGCAGCUAGGUGGUCAGAACAGAACUGCUUCUUCAGUUCACACACUCAGCAGUGACAUUGUGAAGGCCUUAGACAGAAUCACAUUGCAGAAUAUUCCUUCACAAGGAGCCCCAGGCUUGACUGCAGGAAUAAGGAAGGACUGUGGUCUCCCUCUCACUGUUCUCUCAUGCACGAAAGCAUGUCCACAUGUGGCAGCGUGUGGAAGUACUCUCUUUGAAGGGCGGACAGUACAGCUUGGGAAACUGUGUUGUACUGGAGUUGAAACUGAAGAUGAUGACGACAGUGAGUCCAGCUCAUCAGUAGAGCAGCCCACCUCUGUUGAAGUCCCCGAUGGGCCAACGCUCCACGACUCAGACCUCUAUAUUGAGAUUGUGAAAAAUACCAAGUCUGUUCCAGAAUAUUCAGAGGUGGCUUAUCCUGAUUAUUUUGGUCACAUUCCACCUCCAUUCAAAGAGCCUAUUUUAGAAAGGCCUUAUGGUGUACAAAGGACAAAAAUUGCCCAAGAUAUUGAGAGGCUGAUUCAUCAAAAUGAUAUCAUAGACCGGGUGGUAUAUGACUUAGACAACCCUAACUAUGCCACUCCAGAAGAAGGAGAUAUUUUGAAGUUUAACUCAAAAUUUGAAUCUGGGAAUCUGCGCAAAGUUAUUCAAAUUAGAAAAAGCGAGUAUGACCUCAUUCUGAACUCGGAUAUAAACAGUAACCAUUAUCACCAGUGGUUCUACUUCGAAGUCAGUGGGAUGCGGCCUGGUGUUGCGUACAGGUUCAACAUCAUCAACUGUGAGAAGUCCAACAGCCAAUUUAAUUAUGGUAUGCAGCCACUUAUGUAUUCAGUUCAGGAAGCUCUAAAUGCCAGACCGUGGUGGAUUCGUAUGGGUACUGACAUUUGUUACUACAACACCAUGCCUGCCUGCCUGAUGCUAUGCUCCUGCUAUGAUGAUCAUAGCGAGAUGGACUCUAACCUGAAGCUGGAACCCCCAAAUAAACUCUCUCUUCUAAAUCACUUCUCAAGAAGUUCAGUUGCUGCAGGUGGACAGAAGGGAAAGUCCUACUAUACAAUUACAUUCACUGUGAACUUUCCACAUAAAGAUGAUGUUUGCUAUUUUGCCUAUCAUUAUCCAUAUACAUACUCAACUUUGCAGAUGCAUCUUCAAAAAUUGGAAUCAGCACACAAUCCUCAGCAAAUUUAUUUUCGAAAAGAUGUGCUGUGUGAAACUUUGUCUGGAAACAGCUGUCCCCUGGUGACCAUUACAGCAAUGCCAGAGUCCAGUUACUAUGAACAUGUCUGCCAAUUCAGAAAUCGCCCUUACAUAUUUUUGUCUGCUCGGGUCCAUCCUGGAGAAACUAAUGCAAGCUGGGUCAUGAAAGGAACACUGGAGUACCUCAUGAGUAAUAGCCCUACCGCCCAGAGCUUACGGGAGUCCUACAUUUUUAAAAUUGUCCCUAUGCUAAAUCCAGAUGGUGUCAUCAAUGGAAAUCACCGCUGCUCUUUAAGUGGAGAGGAUUUGAACAGACAGUGGCAAAGUCCAAACCCAGAUUUACACCCUACGAUUUACCAUGCAAAGGGACUGCUCCAGUACCUGGCCGCAGUGAAGCGCUUGCCUCUGGUGUAUUGUGAUUACCAUGGCCAUUCUCGGAAAAAGAAUGUAUUUAUGUAUGGCUGCAGCAUCAAAGAGACAGUGUGGCAUACCCAUGACAAUGCAGCUUCCUGUGAUGUUGUGGAAGACAUGGGAUACAGGACUCUGCCUAAGAUACUGAGCCACAUUGCUCCAGCAUUUUGCAUGAGCAGUUGUAGUUUUGUGGUGGAAAAGUCCAAAGAGUCCACGGCUCGGGUUGUAGUGUGGCGGGAAAUAGGCGUGCAAAGGAGCUACACCAUGGAGAGCACUCUGUGUGGCUGCGAUCAGGGGAGAUACAAGGGUUUACAGAUUGGGACUCGAGAAUUGGAAGAAAUGGGAGCAAAAUUUUGUGUUGGUUUACUGCGUUUGAAAAGACUGACUUCUCCAUUGGAAUAUAAUCUGCCCUCCAACAUGCUUGACUUUGAAAAUGACUUAAUUGAAUCAAGCUGUAAAGUAACUAGGAGACAUGGCAGCUCUGAACUCCGGCUUUCCCCUGCAGUCCUUUGAAAUUGCUGGCGCUCUGAUGACACCCGCCCCUGGCAGCUGCCUUCCUUGCCCUGCUUCCCACUGGACUUUGCCCCGCACUUUCCCUUGCUGACUUGGCUCUGUAUCCUUUCACUGCAAUAAGCCAUGAGUGCGGACUCCGCUGUGUGCACCUCUUCCUCUCAACCUACUAUCCCAGGGGCUUUGGGUUCCCCAAUCAUCUGCCUAUUCUGAAUUUCUUUCGUGCUUGGUUGUCACAGAGAUGCUAGUGUUUUGCUGAUAACAAUUGGAGCUAGAUCAUAUUGUACAACUGUAGCCCAGAACUGCCGAGUGUCACCAUGUGAUGGCUCCUGUAGAAGGUCUCCUUGAAACCCCAUGGUCUUCAUUGUAGCUGACAUUCUCUGAGUGUACAAGUAAAAUCCCAGAUGGUGCCGCUUGAAGUGUUGUGGCUCUGUGCAUGAUGGGUAACCUGGGUGACUGACCAUCUGGCUGUCUUCUCUGAGGGUUGGCUUUUGGUUCAUAGCUGGAGCUUAGUGGCUUUCUUUCUCCCUUUCUUUCCUUCUUUCUUCCUUCCUUUUUCUUUCUUUCUUUCUCUCUCUCUUUUUCCAAAUAGAUAUCCUUUGUGUAGCUGCAUUGUACAGUAGCUCAGCCGACCUUCUCUGUUUGUGCUUGUACAUGCUCGUAAGUAUGUCAUAGUCAUUUCAGAGUGACACACAUACAUGUCCUAUGAAGAGGAAGGUGGUUAUGUGUAUGUUAGGUAAUAUAUGUGAAGGUUCUUCCUAAGUUGUAAAGUGCACAGAACAUACACUAUAAUUCAAUGUACAAAUUUGAAUUGGUGUGGCUAGCCUUGUACCUUCAAUCUUUCCCACUAAAGUAAAAUAGUGUGAGGGGGUGAUAGGAACAUUGAUGAUCUUGCUAGCCACUUACUUACUGAAAGGUCUUAGAUGUAGGCUCAGUGGGAAUGGAGAUGGAUUAUUGGGAAUAUUGAGUAGAAGAGUUGAAGGCCAUGGCAGGUGGACAGACACAGUACAGUGGGCUUUAGUCUAGGCCUCCUCACCAGAGACAGUGAGUAUAGUGGGCCUCUGCAGAGAGGAGGUAUCACUACAACACAACCCUGCAGCUGGGGAACAGGAGGAAUAGCCAGUGGUAAAUAUCACCUUUAAUGUAAAUCACUUGUCCAAAUAAGAAACUCUGCCACCUAGAAGCCUAUUAGGAAGAGAAUCAUCAGAUUUCAGUAGAGAGUGCCUGUUGGUGUCUGAGAUGGGGAGGGCUGAGAUAGGUAGGAUUUUGACAUCACAUUCUUACAUUCAUAAAGUAUACGACAAACAUUUAUUUAUUUAUUGAAAUAUUUGAAAAGUGCUGCUAGACCUUUCUGGGGCCACAGGAGGUGUUUAGAUAAGUAAGUCACUACUGUGGAAUAAUGUUUUUGUACACUGGUUUAAUAAAGUGCUGAUUGGCCAGU